GCAUCUAGUCAACCUUCAACCUAGUUACGCGCUCUAUUUGGGGGUCUCCUCUCCUAAACAGUUUUGUCUUGUAGUGAGAUCGGCUGAAACAUGAUAAACAACCAAUACAAAAUUCGUAUGGUGACUCGAAGAUCAUGACUUCUUUCGGGAAAUAUGUCAGUAAUUUUGUGAAAACAGCUGUUUCGUCUAUUUCGCCUAACAAAAUAAUAUCUUACACUAUAAGCCAAUAUGAAUCGGAAUAUCAAGACUGUGAGCAGUUACUUCAAGAGAAAUCAAUCUACUAUUUCUAUAAAGUGGCGAACCAUUUUGACAUGAUAUAUUUACCAGGAUCAGUUGGUAGCUCGGGAAAUGGAGAAAAUAUUCAUGCAUACAGCCUCUUUAGGUUUCAAGGUGAAGAGGAAGCAGGUGUUGCUGUAUUUUCGCGAUACAUAGAAGUUUUGGAUCCUUUGCAUUCAGCCUGCGUAAAUAUAGGUCUAACCAUUGAUCGUACCUGUUUGGAGAAAGUAACUGGUUACUCUCGAAACCAGUACGGUUGGGGAGCUGCUCAUGUAGCUGCAGCAAUGUCGUGGCGCGAACUUUUCCUUGGUGAAUCAGUUAGGAAACUUUUAAAUGAAUAUGACCCUAUCUCUGGUCUUACUCCAUUGCGAGUUUCAAUAAAAGAAAAAGACAGAGAGACUGUCCGCUUCUUGGUAACUUUGGAUAAUAUAAUGGCAUCCGAAAGCGAUGAAGAUGGUAAUACAGUGCUUCAUUUGGCUUCCGAGCAUACAUCGAAGGAAAUUCUAUCUCUCCUACUAGAAAACCUUAGAGGUUUAAAUGUUAACCGAUUAAAUAAAUAUGGUGAAUCACCAUUACACAUUGCCUGUCGCAGUAAUUCCAUAGAAUGUGUGGAAGAAUUGUUAAAAGUUGGUUGUAAUCCAUUGGUUGGUGAAUCUGAAUCAUUUCCUAUCCACAUUGCUGUCAGUAAUGAUUCACUUGAGUGUGUUAAUUUGCUUUAUACAUAUUGUCCAAGUUGUAUUAGUUUGCCAGAUUUGUCGAAUCACAGCACUCCAAUCCAUUUGGCACAUAAUUUCAAAAUUUUUGAACGACUAUGCAACCUUGGAGCGAAUUUAGAUGCACGUAAUGAUAUGGGCCUUACUGUUCUGCACAUUAAAGUACGUGAUAAUAAUUUUGAAGAUACACUAACCUUAUUAAUGCAUGGUGCUGAUCCAAACCUACGUGAUAUCGAUGGAGCAACUCCUUUACACUAUGCAAUUAUUUAUAAUUCUUCGAUUCAUAUUAUUCGUGCACUUUUGGCAUUUGAAGCUGAUCCCUGCGCUUUGAAUAACAAUCAGCACAGCUGUCGACACUUACUUUGUCGUCAUUCUGAAAGUUAUAUACAUUCAGAUGAACGAGAUUUAGCUUUGUACACUUUGGAUGCAGUAGGGGUUACUCGAUGUCCUCCGGAUACUGUGAACUGUACAGCAGGUUGUAUGGAUUUGGAAAGUGCUAAAAAAUGUAAUCUUAAUGUGUUUAACGGAACUCGUCCUGAAGUAGUUCACCAUCUAGUGGAUGUUGCACGUGAAUCAAUCGAAGAAAUUCUCUUAUCGGCCACUUCAUUGAAUCUCAGUCGCUUACAUUCACUGAGUCAAAUAUCCAAACUUCAAACUGUAAAUAGUCAUUCAAAUUCUAGUAGCAAAUUGAAUAGUAAAUAUCUGCGUUCUGUUACUUCUCAGUUGACGAACUCUGAAGACAAUCAUGAUAACAGUAAUGAAAACAAAUCUCGAAUAAAAAUUCCAAAGUUACAAAGACAAAUUUCACUGUGUUCAAAUCUCUAUCAACAAGUAGAGUCUUCAACAAGUGCCACCUUACAAUCACCUGUUUUUAGUAUUCCUUCCGAUUCGGAAAGUGAGCUAACACCAAAUACGCAUCUCACUGAACAAUUAGAUUAUAACAAGUUCGCUGGUAUCUCAGACAAUUUAAAACAAUUACCUGUUAAUACGAAUUCUAACGGAAUAGGUUUACCAGAUACGACAUUUUGUUUCAAGCCUACAAAAUGUGCAUGUGAUCGUUCAGUAGUGUCAAAAUGUGCAGAAACGCCUAUGGAUUUCGAUGUACCUCCACUAAUAGGAUCCUCUAAUUUAACUACAACAGCGACAAAAGCAACAAGUGAUGCUACCGUAAUUCAAUUAACUGAGGAUAAGGAAGUUAUUGACUUGUCAAGUGAGGAGGAGGACUUCAAAGUUAAAACAAAUGGAGAUGGAAUGUCGCAUUUACAUGCAGAUGAUAGUUGUCAUCAUCUUUCAGAUAGUUGCAUUAAUAAUAAACAAUGUAGCAAAUGGAGUUGUGGACCAAGAGGUUAUCGUGUUCUGUCACUUGAUGGUGGGGGCAUACGUGGAUUGAUCAUUAUAGAACUACUACGUGCUCUAGAGAUAGCUAGUGGGAAAAAAGUUACUGAAUUGUUUGAUUGGAUCAUUGGUACAUCUACCGGUGGAGCAAUAUCAUUAUUUGUAAUGUGUGGCAAGUGUUUACAUUGUUGUCGUACUUUACUAUUUCGAUUUAAAGAUCUUGUAUUUUGUGGAAAACGACCAUAUCCAUCUGAAACAUUGGAAACACUUAUGCGUAAUGAAUUCGGUGAAAACACUGUAAUGACUGAUUUAAAACAUAUCAGGGUUGCUGUGACAACACUUGUAGGCGAUCGAUGUCCACCACUUUUACACAUGUUUCGUAAUUAUAAAUCACCUCGUGCUCGAAUACAACAUAUUAUGGAAACACGUCAAUGUCGGUCAAAAUCUUUCGCUUGUCCAUCAUCAGUAAACAAAAACAAAAAUGGACUUAAUCAUCGUCGGUCUACUUCAGUUGUUCAAGAAUCGUCAGAUCGUGAGACACAAUCUCCAAAAUCUCCAUCCCUUUCAACUUCGCAUUCUAUCUUAAACUUUUUUAUGAAUGCCCAAGGUUUGUUAACAGGCAAUGAAACAAAUACCAGUCUUUCUUCUUCAGAUGUUGAAACCGGUGAUCAAUUUGAACGUAUACCUCCGGAUAAUGAACAACUGGUUUGGAAAGCUGCUCGUGCAUCAAGUGCUGCACCAACAUACUUUCGACCUUGUGGACGUUUUCUGGACGGUGGACUGAUCUCCAACAAUCCGACGUUGGAUAUUCUGACAGAAAUUCAAGAGUUGCAUCUGCUUCAACGUUUGAAGAUGCGUUCAACACGUCACGCACGUUUGUUUGAACUACUUUUUUUUCAGUUCACUCUUAGUUAAGUCAGUACUACGUGUCAGGGUAGAUUUUAAUUCAUUCUCACAAACCCAUCAAAUAAUUUGAUUCUAUUGCUUGUGAAUAUACCUAAUUUUUUUUACCGUUCUCUAAAUAGCUGUGACUCUAGGUACCCGAAAUAAAAACAUGCAUAAUUUCCAUUCUUACCAUUGCUGACUGUACUGUGACUACUUAAAUUGUGUAACCUAUCAAUUAACUGCUCAGAAAUAACUUCAUUACUUAUAAACAAUUCAAUGACUGCAAUCUGGGAGGAAGAUUUAACUUAAAUAAUGAGAGGUUGAAAUAACAAUAAUGGUGAUUAUAAUAAUGUUCCUAGUUGAUGACGUUUGAAUAGUUUCCGGUGUUAUUUCAUUUUAUCUUUUUAAUAAUUGCAACUUUUAGCAAAACAUUUUCAGUUUAUUCCAGUUAACUUGCCUCAUUCAUAUUACCUAAUCCUUUGAUUGUUUAUUAAUUCUACCACGUUUUUACCCCUUUGUAAUCUAUAUGCACCUUAUAAACGAUUUAAAAAAUCUUAUGUAACUUUUCAGUUAUCCUUCAACAUUUACGUCAUCAACUAGCAACAUUAUUAUUAUAACCAUCGUUGCUGUUAAUUACAUAUUCAUCUCAUCCUAGUUGAACUUAAACCAAAAUCAUCGUCUUUGAUCAGGUUUCUUUUAAAUCAAAAAGGAAUAAGUGGUUCAUUCCUUCUGUUAAUAAUAAUAAUCGCUUUAUUCCAAACAGCAUGUAUGAUACAGUAUGAAACUUUCCGCUUAGAGUAUUUCAACAAAUUCACUUUUUGUAUAAUAUUUUUACAAGAAAUGAUGAUUACGUCUGCAUAGUGUUAAUAAUAACAGUAUUGAAGACAUAAGUGAGAAACGGGCAGUUAGUGUUACAUUUGUAUCUGUUCUCCAUUCGGAAAUGAACACAAAAUUGAGUAUGAUUUCGAUGGUACCAAUUCAAUCAGCCAGUAAAAAAAUUAACAAUCCCAUACAUGUAUCUUAGAAAUAGUAAUGUGAACAAACCUGUAACUCCAAUAGC